AUGAAGCAUUAUAAUGUUGUCAUUACUCCGACUGAACCAAGGCUACAGUUAUCGAAGAAUGAGGAUGAACAAGAUGUUGAUCCAACUCAAUAUAGGAGUUUGAUUGGAUCCUUGCGUUAUUUGUGCAAUACGCGACUAGACUUAUCAUUUAGUGUUGGUAUUGUGAGUAGAUUCAUGGGGAGACCAAAUGUGUCUCACUUGGAAGCAGUCAAGAGGAUCAUAAUAUAUGUCAAAGAUUCUAUUGGCUGUGGAAUUCUCUUUCCCGCAGCGGAUACAGAUAGAAAAUGCAAUUUUCCCGGUUUUAUAGAUUCCAAUUGGUGCCGAGAUAAACAUGAUCGGAAGUUUAUAGCUAGAUACAUCUUUAUGUUAGGUGGAACACCAAUCUCGUGA